GACCCUACCUUGCUUCUGAACUGACUGGGAAUUUGGCCACUGACUUCAGUUGGAGCCAGAUUGGGCCCUUUGACUGGGAACUCUUUAAGGCAAGGACUUGUGUUUUUUAUUUUCUGUGGAAUGGUGUUUAUACAGAAGUACUACAGGAAUAAUAAGAAAAACGAUCUAAAUAUAAAGUGGCAUUUUGUUAGUAGCAGUAAAACAUUUUAUUAAACAAAAAAAAAUAUUUUUAAAUGUUUUCCAGUAAACAGUAAGAAUGUUGACCUUUUUCGCAACUUACUACAUUUAAACGCCAUCAGGAAUGUUGAUUUUAAAAAUACUUUCCUAUUACACUUCAGUAGAAAUGUUGGCAAAGGCACUUUUUAUUAAACAACUGAAAAUGCUGAUUUAUUUUUUUAGAAAUGAAAUGUUAACCAUGGGCAGAAAUAUUUAUUUUUUUAGACUGUAUUUUAAAGCAACUUCUGAUCACUAUACAUCAGCAAAAUAUGUUGAUUGAAAGACAGUUUUUAUUAAAUCUCUUUUACAUGGUGCAAAGUUUUAAAAAAAAUCCUUUUAAAUAUCAUCAAAAAUUGAGGUGACUAGUUGGCAUUCCACAGCAUGUAACAAUGUAUAGGGUUUGGAACGUUGAGACUCUGGAAAGACCUGAUUGGCUGAAGACACGCCCUCUCCCCCCCCCGCCUUUCCUCCCGCUGUGUGUGCAGGCGAGCUCCCCCUAGCGCUGAGAAGUGGGCAGCGCUGAGGCCGGUAGGCCAUGCAAAUCAGGUCCUCGGAGCUGCUUGUUGAUUGGCUGUGGCGGAGCAGUGUUUGCUCACCGCUGUCCUUAGUCUCUAGACUGGGGACUGCUCCAGUUUCCAGCAGCAGCAGCAGCAGCAGCUUCCCUGCAAUUGAGUAGAAACCUGGCUUUUAAUUGUUUUGUUGUUUUUAGUUUGCUUUCUUUGUGGCUGUUGCCUUGACUCAGUGGGGCACGAUGACUGUCAAACGGGUGGACCAAGGGCAGCAUUACAGGCCAAGAAUGGCAUUCCUGAAGAAGAUCGAAGCCCUCCUCAUGGAGAUGCAGAAUCCAGACACUGGCAUCAAAAUGCACACUCAGAGGGUGAUGAUCACAAAUAUCCCACAUGCUCUGACAGGUAGUGAUAUACUGCAGUGGAUUAUCCAGCAUCUGAAAAUCGCUGAGGAAGAGGCACUAAACUUGGGGAAUCUAAUUGUCAAGUAUGGAUACAUCUACCCUCUGCAGGAGCCGAAAAACCUCACCCUCAAAACAGAUAGCAGCCUCUACAGAUUUCAGACACCAUAUUUCUGGCCCACCCAGCAGUGGGCAGCAGAUGAUACCGACUAUGCAAUCUACCUAGCCAAGAAAAAUAUUAAGAGGAAAGGGGUUUUGGAAGAGUAUGAAAAGGAACAUUACAACUUGCUAAAUAAAAAAAUAAACUACAAAUGGGAUUUUGUUAUUAUGCAGGCCAAAGAGCAGUAUAGGACAGGGAAGGAACGGAAAAAGGCAGACAGGUAUGCGCUGGAUUGUCAGGAGAAAGCCUAUUGGCUAGUGCAUCGAACACCUCCAGGCAUGCAGGACGUUCUCGACUACGGACUAGACCGAGUAACCGAUCCCAAUGAAAAUAAGAAAAAAACCAUUGAUGUUUAUAGAAGAGAGAUCAUGUACUAUCAGCAAGUCAUCAUGAAGUCCACAGUGAAGUCUUCUGUCUCCCUUGGAGGGCUUGUGAAGUACAGUGAACAGUUCCUCUCCAAUGAUCCCAUCAUGUCUGGAUGCCUCCCCAGCAACCCCUGGAUAACUGAUGACUCUGAGUUCUGGGAGCUCAAUGCAAAGCUAGUGGAAAUCCCUACCAGGAUGCGCGUGGAGCGAUGGGCCUUUAAUUUUAACGAGCUGAUGAGGGACCCGAAAGGCCGGCAGAACUUCCAGCUGUUCCUGAAGAAAGAAUUCAGUGGAGAGAACCUGGGGUUCUGGGAAGCCUGUGAGGACCUGAAGUAUGGAGACCAAUCCAAGGUCAAAGAAAAAGCCGAAGAAAUUUACAAACUCUUCCUGGCUCCAGGGGCCAGGCGCUGGAUUAACAUUGACGGCACAACGAUGGGCAUCACAGUCAAAGGUCUCAAGCACCCUCAUCGCUACGUUUUAGAUGCUGCUCAGACUCAUAUUUAUAUGCUCAUGAAAAAGGACUCCUACGGUCGCUAUUUAAAAUCUCCAAUAUACAAGGAGAUGUUGGCCAAAGCCAUUGUGCCCCAAGAGACAGUGAAAAAAAGUUCCAGUUUCCCAUUCGCACGCCGUCACCUCCGCUCCAGCCCCAGCCCCGUCAUCCUGAGGCAGCAGGAAGAAGAGGCUAAGGCCAAAGAAGCAGCAACAAACGUGGAUAUUACCCAGUUGUGUCAGUUCACUGCUCCAGUCCCUCACCUGGCUGUGUACACCGGUACCUCUGUUCCUUCAUCUCCAUCAACUCCGCACCCCUCCUGCCACAUCCCAAACAACCUGCCUUUCCAAUCCCCUGGACACAUCGCUCUGCCAAACAGCACUGUCUGCCCCUCACCCAUUAGCGUAGCCCUGGACACCACCCCCUGCUUGGAGAGGAAGUGGGAAGCCAAUGAGUCUAACACUAACCACUUUCCUUCUAUCACUGAGAGCACAGAGAUCUCCAUGGACUCUGAAUCGGGCACUUGCAACAGCCAGGUGCCAGGGAACGUGGAAGCCAAGGUACUUCCCAAAUCCCGGACGACCUUGUCCUUCAGCAGGUUCUUGAAACGGGGAUGUCUAAACUCACCGGUAUUUGCCACUCUCUCGCCGAAGUGCCCGGCUGUCACCCACGGAAAGGUCCAGCCACUGGAUGACCUGGAACAACAACUGCAGCAGAAGUCCAAAAAAGUGACCAACUUCUUCCAGAUAAAAGUGGAUAUUCCUCUGGAGAGCAGAAUCUACCCAAUAGACUCUGAGGAGGAAGAGGACGACUGCCCCCGGGCUUGUAAGGACUCUGUGAAGGAAGUUAUCUGCCCUUGGGAGAACUUUACAGAACAAGAGAAAGCUGGAUAACAAGCAGCUCUUAAGGCAGACAGGAUGUGACCUACUUAUAAAUGGAUAUUUUCUUUCCAGGCCCUGACUCUGCAAGGUUCACCACGUACAGUUCAAUAUAUGAACCAUGCUGCUAAAAAAGUGCAUUAGAAUUAUGCUUCAGCGUCAAAGAGGCUCAAACCACCCUGGUUAUGAGUAAUAGACCCAGUCGCACACAUCUGUGUGUAAUUCGAGAACUCUAAGUGUCUCCUGACCUAUUUUCCUUCACAUCUUUAGAAAGUCAGACUCAUCUGUUACUGACUUUUUGAUAAAUGAAUCUUAUUUGCUGCCUUAUAGCUGAUAAAAAUAUGUCCUCAGAGAUACUCUCUCACAUGUAAGUAGUUUCUUGAUCCCGAGAUGUUGGUAAGAGCUGUGCUGGUGAAAUGUAACUGUCUUGAAGGCCUCUCUAAGACUGGAAUUCAGACUUUAAACAUCUCCAAAGUUUGGGUGUCUUUGGAAUCUGGGUUUGAGUUCAGGCCCAUCUCUAAUCAUUAACAGUUUUGAAUUUUAAAGCAAUGUAACUUGAAGGCAUCUGAUGGCUGGGGGAUGGGGGUGGAAUCUAAGCUCAGACAUCGUCAUGGGGCCAACUGUAAGGUAGAUGGAUUGGCAUAACCAACUAGCCAACAAUAAAAGUGAACUCCACAGAAAACAAAGAACUUCUUAUCUUCCACUUACCUCCAAUAGGCCUUCAGUGCCAAGAUGGGCCUUGACACCCUGGAUCCAACCACCCUUCUGAACGUUUGGGAAGAUUGGGAUUGGCCCUAGAUCCAAACUCAGUAGAUUGGGCCCAUCUGAAUGUGAAAUUGAUAUGUUUUCCCACGCCUUAAUUGCAUUUCUGCCAAGACUGUUAGAAAUCACCUUCCUUGUACAUCAAGAGAGUCCUCUUCUUCUCAGUUGCUACAGACGAGUCCAUGUACAAUGGCAGUCCCUAAACAUGACUAACCUUGGGUGUUGUUUUGUAAAUAGGCCACGUGGCCCGUGACUGUAGGUGUUGGCGUUUUUUUGUAUUUUCUAAUGGUAUGUGGAGAUGUGUCCAUGUUGAUUUGAAAUGGUUCAACACGCUGAUUCCUACUGCAGCAUUUAAAGUCCUAGCCUCUCCUACCCGCAAUAACAUGUACCUGAUUUCCGUGGCUGGAAGUAAAGCUGCUAUU